UCCGAAUCAAUAAACUCAUAAGUGGGAUCCGAACCGGAACGUUGUGAGGGUUUUUAGAUCACAACAACAAGUCAGGAACUUUUCUUAUUUUUUCCUCAUAGGAUAUAUACAUUAUAGUAUUCCGUUUAUUGAAUUUGACGUCACAAGACCACAGGUAAACUUCAUUCAGCGGGAUGUAGCAUGGGCGUGUGGUCGGUGAGUGUGUUGACGGCUACAAAAGACGACGUUGCCGGUGGUGAUGUUGUAGAGACAUGAACGCGAGAUGACGCCCAAGGGGUACGGUGGCACCGGGUACGCGGCGGACGACGGUUCGACGGAAACCAGCGACGACUACAGCGUGGAAACGACGUCUGUGGCCAGCAGCAGCGACAACUCCGAUCCAGACUUGCCGCAGUCAAGUCUGUGCUGUCUUCAGGGAUGUCUGGCCACGUCAGCAGUGGGUUUCUCCUUCUUUAUUGCUUUGCCCACAGGUAUUCUCAUGAUAAUAUACGCGAAAAACAACGAAGACACCAGUCUCAUAGCAGUGGGGUCUGUUCUGGCGUGUCUGCCACUCAUCACGUUCCUCAUCCUCGUGGUCGUCUGCCUCAACCGAAACCGGAUGAAGAGAUUUAGCUUACGGAAAAACAAGAUCUGUGCCAAAACGCGGACCGAAGAAUGUGAUAGUCCCACUCAAAAAUACUGAGUUUUGUAACAAUGGGAGCACGGACGGACGUAGGGGUGGGUGGGUGGUAUGGUGCAACGAUACGGAGAAAUGUUGUGGGAUUUUUGGGGGGAUACUGUUAUAUAUUUUUUUUAUUUAAUUUUUAUUAAUGAUUUGUUUCAUUUUAUUGUUAUUCAAUUUUUUUCGUGUUUCUCCCCCACCCCCACCCCCUUUUUUUCUUCUCUUUUUUUCUUCUCUUUUUUUUGACAUUUCCAGAUGGUGUUCACCUUUUAAUUUUUCCGAUCAAUCAUACCAUUUCCCCGCCCCCUUUCACCACCACCACAUACUUCAGCAAAAAACUACAAUUUUGUAUUUAAAUUAUUUUCUAGAGAUGUAGUCAGCAAAAGCUGCAAUUUUAUAUUUAAAGUGUUUGCUAGAGAUGUUUCCGCAAGCCCGUCAUCCCAUUGCAUGUAAAUAUAUACCUUUUUAAAAUAAUAUGUUAUGCAUAAUCAAAUAUUAAAUUGCUGCAAGCUUA